GCUCGCCAUCAUCUUCCCUCACUCACACUCACAUCUCAACCUCCCAGUGUGGUUUGUCACGCUGCCAUGUCUUCCCCUACGUCAAGACGUUCUCAGAGGUCAUCGCAAAGUGGUACUCCUCGCCGCAAAGGUCGACAGUCACAGGUCCCUUCCAGCAGCCCAGCCCCCGUAACAGCAGAUGAGCAAUUACGAUCAGAAGCCUCCAACAGGUCGAGCGUUCGAGGAACCCCGCGAGCUUCUCGUCUGCAACAGACUACAACAGCUUCAUCUCCUCUGUUCUAUCAGUCAUCUCCAGCCAAAGGCUCUGGUGCAGCAAAUGGUGCGGGUGCCAGCUCACCCCUGAGGCGGGGUGCUGGAACAGACGGCGACAGAACCCCAAGGCCCUCUAAUCUUACGGCAAGAGAUUCGUCCCCCAUCCGAUAUGCCUCGAGUUCCAGUGCUGCGCCACGAACAGGUCAACAAGGGACCGAUAUCCGUAGCGAAAGCAGCGGUCUCUUUGUUCGAUCUUCGAUAUCUGGCCCUCCGGGCACAACAGCGCGCAAUCGACGCAGUGAUAUCAAUUCUGACCUCGUCGCGAACAGCUCUCAGCGGCGUCGCAGGCUUUUCGUUGACGAGAAUGGAGUUGCCGUCGAAAAUGACGGCGGCCCAUCAGACGCUGCUACUUUCUCCAACCUCGAUCCAGGUACUUCCGACGCAGAUGUACUUGGCGGCGCUUCAACUAGAGUCAUCUGGGGUACCAAUGUGUCCAUCCUUGACUCGAUGAAUGCCAUGAAAGAUUUCCUGAUGCGAUAUCAGAAAAAGUAUCGAAUGAUCAAAGAUGGGGAUCUUGAUAAGGACGAACAGAUUUCAGCCGACCACCCAGGAAAUACAAAGGAGUACGUCGAAAUGAUGAAACAAAUGCUUGACAUGGGUGUAACGGCCCUCAAUCUCGAUGCCAGAAACUUGAAAGCCUAUCCGCCGACCCGCAAGCUUUGGCACCAGCUGCAAUCAUUUCCCAAUGAGAUCAUCCCACUCAUGGAUGUGGCUGUUAAGGACUGUAUGUUGGAGCUGGCCGAGAAGAAGAUGAACGACGUGCGAAUGCAAGGUCCUCGAACUCAGGCACGGCGACAAGCAAGCUCAGUUCCACCUAUGCCGAGCUCAGAUAUUGACAAUCAAGGCCAACCUUCUACCCCCGUUGCAUCUGCAGAAAUUCCAGAUCUUGUUAGGGAAGUAGACACCAAGAUAUACCGGGUUCGCCCAUUCGGUCUGGACAAUACCAUCAAUCUGAGAGAACUGGAUCCAGGAGAUAUGGACAGGCUCAUCAGCGUUAAAGGUCUUGUCAUUCGCACAACGCCAAUCAUCCCGGACAUGAAGGACGCAUUCUUCCGCUGUGCAGUUUGCAGACACACAGUCAAGGUCGACAUUGACCGUGGAAUGAUCGCGGAGCCCACAGUCUGCCCUCGCGCUGUUUGUGCCUCCGCAAACUCAAUGCAGAUCGUACAUAAUCGUUCGGGGUUUUCAGACAAGCAAGUCAUAAAACUACAGGAAACCCCGGAUAGCGUUCCUGACGGCCAAACACCACAUGCCGUGUCUCUCUGUGCGUACGACGAACUAGUUGAUGUUUGCAAAGCCGGUGAUCGUGUAGAAAUCACAGGGAUCUUCAAGUGUAGCCAAGUACGCGUCAACCCCCGCAUGCGCACCGUCAAGAAUAUCUUCAAGACAUACGUGGAUGCUUUACACAUCCAGAAGGUCGAUAAGCGCAGAAUGGGUAUUGAUGUGUCCACGAUCGAAGAGGAACUUGCAGAGCAGGCCGCUGGCGGCAUGGAAGAGACUCGCAAGGUCACUCCAGAUGAGGAGGCGAAGAUCAAAGAAGUCGCCACUCGGUCUGACGUUUACGAGCUGCUGUCACGAUCUCUUGCACCGAGCAUUUACGAAAUGGACGACGUGAAGAAGGGAAUUCUUCUUCAACUGUUUGGCGGCACGAACAAGUCGUUCCAGAAGGGAGGAAGCCCGAAAUAUCGGGGCGAUAUCAAUGUGCUUCUAUGCGGUGAUCCAUCAACUGCCAAGUCUCAGCUACUUCAAUACGUCCACAAGAUUGCCCCCAGAGGAGUAUAUACCUCGGGCAAGGGAUCUUCUGCUGUUGGUUUGACGGCUUAUGUUACGCGCGACCCAGAGACCAGACAGCUUGUCCUUGAAUCUGGAGCUCUUGUGCUUUCUGACGGUGGUGUAUGCUGUAUUGACGAGUUUGACAAAAUGUCUGAAAGCACACGGUCGGUCUUGCACGAAGUUAUGGAACAGCAGACGGUAUCAAUUGCAAAGGCAGGAAUUAUCACGACAUUGAACGCCAGGACGAGUAUAUUGGCCUCAGCCAAUCCUAUUGGCAGCAAGUACAAUAUCAAUCUGCCAGUUCCUCAAAAUAUCGACCUGCCCCCAACCCUCUUGAGUAGAUUUGACCUAGUGUACUUGGUCCUAGAUCGAAUUGACGAGCAGAACGAUCGACGCAUGGCUCGUCACUUGGUCGGCAUGUAUCUUGAGGAUACCCCUGAAAACGCUAGCGCAGCAGAGAUAUUGCCUGUGGAAUUUCUCACAUCAUACAUCUCGUAUGCGCGCACAAACUGCCAUCCUACUCUCACAGAAGCCGCCACGAAGACUCUGGUCGACUCGUAUGUUGCACUGCGCGCGCUCGGAUCCGACGUUCGAGCUGCAGAACGUCGAAUCACGGCCACGACGCGUCAACUCGAGAGUAUGAUCCGUCUAGCCGAGGCUCAUGCCAAGAUGCGACUGUCGAGUAUUGUUGAAGAAUCAGACGUUGUCGAAGCGGUGCGUCUCAUCAAGUCUGCUAUCAAACAAGCCGCGACAGAUGCGCGCACUGGGCUGAUUGAUAUGGGGCUCCUUACUGAAGGGACCAGUGCCAGCGAGCGCAAGCGCAAGGAAGAACUCCGUGCUGGUGUGCUGAGCAUUGUGGAUGAGAUGUGUGGAGGAGGUGGUGCGGCUCGAGUCAGCGAGGUUGUUAAGAGGCUUGGUGAGGCCGUGAGUGCUCAGAUCGAGUCACAGGAGGUGAUGGACGCGCUGAAGUCGUUGGAGAGCGAGGGACGCGUGAUGCUUGGUGGCGAUGGCGCAAGGAGGACUGUCAGGAGAGUCACGGGCGUUGUAUGAGCAUGAUAAUUAAAGGUUAUGUGGAUUGAUUGUAUCAGCUGGGGGUAGCAUGAGAUGGCGACGACAAUGAUCACGACAACGACGGCGGCAUGGAAUGGUAUAGCAUGGCAUGGAUUACUGUGGGUAAUGAGCUCAGUGGUUUCGGUGGUGGUAUCAAACCUUGUAUUGUCUUUGCUCUGCUGCAUGUCUACAUUCUUAUCAUAGGCCCUCCCUCUUUUCCUCCUCUUUUCGACUUCUUUCAAGGCAUUCAGGGAUGCAUACUAUGCGACUGAUCUGCUGCUUGAGAAAACCCACAUGAUGGCUAAGCUCGACUCGACUCGAGAUGCUGCUAGUCCUUAACACAAAUUCAAUUUCUGCACUCUGUUUC